GAAGUGCGCACCUUCUAAAAGACACUUUUGACAACCACUUAAGCGCCCAAAUAUUUGGUAAACGGGAGCUGAUUGGUGUAGUCAUCUGAAGUGGGAGGCGGGAAUAGUAACUGCGUCGGUAAGUUCGGAGUGUAGACGAGCAAAGUUGGAUGUUGUAUGAGCGCUGUGAUUCCACUAUGAGUAUGAAGACGAGUAGUACUAGUGCCCCUUAUAGGAGUACCAGGCUACACAAAAAGAUCAUCACUGAGGCUGAACAGGUACUUCUGAAACCUAGCGAACCUGUCAGACAGAAAAGGGAAACCAUCCCAAGAAGCGAAUAUGUAGAACGGGAAGUAAAGAGCAGUCGCGCUUCCAGAUACAGAAGAGACAACGAAGCGACUACACAACACCAAGUACUUGUGACGAAUAACCAAGCUAAUAAACGUAGAAGGGAAACCCUACAAAAAGUUAAAUCUAAAGUGCAGGCAGCAAAGAGCCGUGAUUCCUGCUACAGAACCGGCACCAGCGAGGCUACAGCACACCUGGCACUGUUGAAGAGUAACGCAGCCAACCAACGCAGAGGGGAAACCAUGCGAAGGAAAAAUUAUGCACAACUUGAGGGGAAGAACAGCCAUUCUCCCUGCACAGGUACUGAAAAGACUGCAGAACACCCGGAGUGUAGUAUAGUUGUUGCAGUUGGAAGAACGAACAUCCAAAAGUAUGCAGAGCACAAGAGGAGGGAAACUUAUGCUGCCCAUUUAAGAAGGUCCACCAUGCAGUGCGAAGAAACCACAGAACACUACUUUACCCCAAAGGUACCCGUGACAGCUAGGGGCCCUGCCUACAGUGCCGGAUCUGAUAGUGAGGACUCACUGUCUGGGGAGGACAGUGACCUUGGAUGUAGUGCCAUACCAGAUAUGGAGGACAGUGACCUUGGAUGUAGUGCCAUACCAGCUAUGGAGGACAAUUACCUGGUAUGUAGUGCCAUACCAGAUAUGGACAGUGACCUUGGAUGUAGUGCCAUACCAGAUAUGGAGGACAGUGACCCUGGAUGUAGUGCCAUACCAGAUAUGGAGGACAUUGACCCAGGAUAUAGUGCCAGGUCAUUUAGUGAAAAUUUGACCAUACCAGACUAUGCGCCAAAAGGUCCUAGUCCGGAAGACUGUAUUGUCUUCAUGUGUGCAAAUUGCAACACUCCAUUAGGUGACUUCUUGAAGAUCUGUUCGGAGGACAAGCGACUGGAUGUGUUGGUUUGCCGCAGAGUUUCAGAAAAUCUUGUUUGGAAGGAGAAACUUGAAUAUGGAAGUGAGGGGAUUCUUCGUGCCUGUUUAUACAGGAAGUGUUUCUGUCGCUCUUGUGGUCAGUGCAGGGGGUUCAUCCUCUGCUCCACCCCAAAGUUCUUGGCACCAUUGAAGAACCAGUUUUGCCUUUCCAAGCAAGGCAUUAGCUGUUAUUGCUUAAAGGAUGGCUCCACUGUGCCUGCUUCAACUGUGAACUUUUAUAUGCCCCCAUUUGGUACCCACCUGGAUGAUGUAAAAAUCCAGUUAGUAGUUCUCCACCAACGCAUCGCGUCUUUGGAGGAACAGCUGCAUGAAGCGUUAGUAAAUCGGCACCUGCCUCUUUAGACUCCGAAUAUUCAUUAUUAAUAUCCAGAAACUCUUUUCUUCUAAUACUGCAGAUUGUUGACUGUUGCAUUAUGUCUGGAAUUUUUGUAGUGAAACAAAGUUCAGAAGUUAUGCAGUAUUGUAAAAUGUUGGUCAAUUUUGUGCUUUUGCUGUAAUGCCAAUAUUCCUGGCAUGUUGGAUGUAGCCAGUGGUUGGCAGUAACUACUUAAGUGUCUUUAGCAUGAGAAUGUACCUGGCCAGUUGCUGUUCUUGAUCGCUCCAGUUGUGGUGUUUAUUUUUUCCAUUUAUUUUCCAUUUAUCCAUUGACAUUCAUUAUUAUGUCUUGUGAGAUUUCCAUAAUACGAGAUUUGUGUGCAUUACUGUUGGCUUUGGCUGUAAAGUGAACGUCUGUGUAUGGCAAUGCACUAACUGAGUUUUUUCUUUAUUGCAAAGUGUAGGUACCAUCAUGAUGCAUAGAGGUGAGGACUGCAGUUCUUAACUGUUUUGUGUGUGUUUUUUUGCAUGUAUACAGUUUCUAACAUGGGCUAAGUCAGUUUUUAUGGUUAAAAGAGCUUCUGAAAACAUAUACUGAUGGUUGUUACUAAAAUGUUUAGUAUGUUUAAGAAAAAACAAAUAAAAGUUUCAAGCAUGA